UCUGUUUCAUAGAAGCUGAAAUGACUAAGUUUAUGCAUGUUGUGAGAACUCCAUUUUCACCAACACAAAAGCCUAAUGUUCGUCGUUUCAGUAUUCAAAAGGCAUUUUUAGAUGAGUAUGCUUAUAAGCUAUUACCUCCUGUUGCCAGAUCUAUGUACUACUUUUCUCUAUUGAAUCUACCUUUUGAACCCCGUAUUAAGCUUCUCGGGAUAUUGCCCAUCUACCGUCAUGAUCCUAUAAUACAUGGAUUUUUCUCUCGUUUCAACCUUCUCAGGGUAUUGGCCAUCUUCAAUACAAAUGUCAGGUUCGAGUCAUUUCCAGUUGUGAUUACAAAGUUAUUUCAUUUGAGAUAUCUCCAAAUUCGAUGUUUUGGCAAUAUUCCUGAAUCAAUCUCAGAGCUUCAGAAUUUGCAAACUCUAAUUUGUGAUGGUCAUUCUUUAGAUAUAACUUUACCUGAGAAGAUAUGGAUGAUGAAGAAUUUGAGGUAUAUACGUUUAGGGGGAGCCAGUUAUUUACCAAGUCCUAGAAUAGAUAACAAGAUGCCAAAUCUAGAGGAAUUAUUCAGUAUUUGUUACUCUAGUUGUACAAAUGAAGUCUUUUCUAGCAUUCCCAAUCUAAAGAGAUUGACCAUUCGUCUACCUUUGAGUGUCGGAGACAAUAUUCCCUCUCAGCUCAUCGAUAUGUCCAGCUUGAGAAAACUCGAGUCAAUCAAGUUUAACUGGUUACUUCCUUUCAAAAACCCCAUCAACAUAUUUGCUUUUACAACAUCACUUAGGACGUUGUCUUUAACUGAUUGUGCUAAUUUUAUUUGGAAAGACAUAUCAUCAACUUUUAUCAUGUUACCAAAUCUUGAAGAGCUCAAACUUAAAAGUUGUCGAGCCGAAGAUGAUGUAUGGAGAUUGAGUGAUAAAGACAUUUUCAAAAGCUUGAAGUUGUUGUUACUGAAAUACCCAAAUCUUAAGUGUUGGGAAGCUAGCAGUGAUAACUUCCCAAAUCUAAAACGUCUCGUUCUCAUGAAUUGCAACAACCUGCAAGAAAUUCCAACAGAUUUUGGGGAAAUUUGUACUUUACAAUCGAUUGAGUUACAUAAUUGCAGCACUUCUGCUGAUGAGUCUGCCAUAAAUAUUGUACAAGAACAAGAGGAAAUGGGAAAUAAUAUCCUUAAGGUCUACAUCAGCCACGGUACAAUGGUGAACUUUCUGGUGGACAAUGUAUUGCACCUAUUAAGUGAAAAUGUGUUGUUAAUAAAAGCCGGAGAUGUCGAAUUCAGUAAUUUAUUGAAAGAAGUGCGAUGUCUCAAACAGUUCGUUGACGUUGCAUGGAAAUACCACAGCGAAAGCAAGCAAUGGGAUGAAUUGGUGAGAGAUAUUCAACUAACAUUAUUUAAAGCGGAAGAUGCAAUUGAUGAAUUUGUGAUUCAAUCGAAGCUGAAUCGAGAAAAGAAUAAAAUUGGAAGAGUUUUUGAUAAAGUGAGUCAUAUCAGUAAUGUUAGGGCUCUGGUAGCUGAGAUCAAAGAGAUUCAUUAUAAGGCGACAAAUUUUCGACAAAACAAUUAACAAGCUUUUCAGUUUGUGUGUAAAUGUUGUAAUUAUUUUAAGUAAAAAAUCGAUGAUGGAUGAAGAAAAAUAAUUUAGUUAUGGACAUCUCAAUUAGGAGUGUACAAGUCAAAUCGAAGAAAAAUAAAAUCCACUUGUGGAUAUGUAGAUAUAUUAUUU